GCUCACGAGGGCUGUCAGUCAACGUGCCUCGUGUACAGCAGAUUAGAUCGAUUUACUCGUUUGAUUUGUCCAAAUUUUACCGAGGAUUCUUUGCUGAGGAGUACCCCAAUUGUCUUGUGAAGUGUCUGUACAUAAAUUUUUGAAAUGGCAUCGGAUGAAGAAUCACUAAGGGCACUGGAGGCCCUGAUGAAUGAGUUUUUUGGUCGAUUGACUACAAAUGAAAGGAAGAGGCAAAUAGAGGAAGUUUUAGAGAGCUUCAAUCGACAACAGGAUGCCUGGAGGAGUUGUCUGUUUUUCAUGGGGAACACUGGCAAUGAAUAUGUCAUGAUGUACUGUAUGACAGUGUUGGAGAACCUGAUUAACAAACAAUGGAUAGGCUUCCAAGGCCAGGAUAAGAUGGAGAUUCGGAGUACAAUUAACCGCCUGCUUCUGUCCCACCAUGACAAGGUGCCAUCUUAUAUCAGAAAUAAACUUGUCAAGCUGGUAGUGGACAUUGGCCGCUUGGAUUGGCCACAUUUUUAUCCAGAUUUCUUCUCAAGUAUCCUACAGCUCAUGCAGCAGCAUGACACUGUUCUACUCGGCCUUGUCCUGAUACAGACGGCAUCAGAAGAGUUGGCCUGUCCACGUGAAGACUUGAGUGUUGCCAGGAAGGAGGAGCUAAGACGCCUUCUCCUACAGCAAGUUCCUGCCGUGUUGUCUCUCAUCAAUACCAUUCUUGAGUCGACACUUGAAAAGCAUCGUCACCUUGUGAUGGCCACUCCUCCACCAUCACCAACUCAUGGUGAGGCUACCACCACGCAUCGAAGAUCAUCGUUUACUUUGUUCAGUACAUCUCCACAGUCAAGUGCAAUUCUGAGCAACAUGUUCAAGUCGCCAUCGAAUAAGGUUCAACUGGAAUCCCUACCGCCGCUAGACAGCAGCUCCCAUGUGAUAUGUGCCACGGCACUAAACUGUUUAUCUCACUUAUUUAGUUGGAUACCCCUCUCCACGACUAUCACACCAUCAUUGUUAAGUACUAUAUUCCGAUUCUGUGGAUUUGGGUGUGAAAUUCAGCAACAGCGACCCUCGGGGUCCAGCCCAGGGAAUACUUUUGCUGGAAGCAACCAAUCACUUGGAGUGCUGGCCAUGAACUGCAUCAAUGAAUUGCUUGCAAAGAACUGUGUGCCGCAGGAAUUUGAGGAUUUUCUCCUGCAGAUGUUUCAGCAGACGUUUUAUUUAUUACAAAAGCUGACGAAGGAAAGUGGGACGAGUUCGACAGGGAAUCGGUUGGAGGAGCUUGAUGAAAAUUAUAUCGAAAAGUUCACAGAGUUCUUGCGGCUGUUUGUCAGCAUACACUUGAGGAGAUUUGAAUCCAACACUCAGUUUCCAGUCUUAGAUUUCCUUUCCUUGCUUUUCAAGUACACUUUCAAGCAGCCAACAAAUGAUGGUUUCUUUGCCUGUCUUGAUAUCUGGUGUGUAUUCCUCGACUACAUUUCAACAAUGCUCAAAGCUCGCCAUUUAGAAAGCAACAACAUUCUGACAAGAUACAAGGAUCCAAUGGCCAUGUUGCUGACACAGGUCUUACAUAAAUGUCAGUUCAGGUACAACCAGUCUCAGUUGGAUGAACUCGAUGAUGAGACCUUGGAUGAAGAUUCUGAAACAGAAUGGCAACAUUUCCUCAGGCAGUGUCUUGAACUCAUAGCCAAGGUUGCUGAGUUGAUGCCAACAGAAACAUUCAGAAUACUGCUUGAACCCUUGGGUGAAUACUCUGAUAUCUACCUUGGAUUAGAACAGUUCAUCGCCAAUGGUGUGCAAGGUCGAAGGUUAAACAUCACUGCCGAGAAUGAAUGUCGUCGUCUGCACUGUACGAUGCGAGACUUGUCCUCUUUAUUACAAGCUCUUGGUCGACUUGGGACACACUUCAUUGGAGAACACUUUGCAGACAGAUUUGGUGAUGCUCAAGCUUUAGUUGAAAGAUUAAUCCGACUGGUUGUGUAUGGAACCAAGUUAAAGUUAUAUGAAGUGAAUUCCGUUGCUCAGAAUGUUCUACAGUCAGAUUUUAUAGAAGUCCAUGCUCAAGCCCUGGCCACACUGAAGGCCUACUCCCAUUGGUUGUCACAGUUUGGGAUGCAGUCACAGAGUCAUAAUGAUCACAAGGAGAAGUUCUUUACUAUUAUGAGUACGGUGAUAGACUCAUUACUACCAUUGUUCGAAAAGGAUGUACCAGAGAAGAUUGUACAGUCGGCGGCCCACCUCAUGGUCUCUGUGUGUAUUACGAUACGACCGCCAUUCCUCCUACAGAUUCCCGACAUACAGAAGUUCUUCAGUGCAGCCAGUCAAGGGAGUUGUUGCUCAUUUAGUAAUGAUGUACAAACGUUGAUCUACCGCUCCCUAUCUCACUACCUCAUCUUGCCGUGGCCAAAUAUAACAGAGUCGGACCAGCAAUGGGCUGACCGAUCCACCAUGCAUCAAACAUUCAUGAAACAGCUCACGUCGCAAUACAGACAACUGAAAGAUUCAACUACGUUGUCGGAUGAUAAGAAUUUCCAAGAUCAAGUCAAACCAUGUAUCAAGAAAACCCUUCAGGUGUUGACAGAUAUCAUUGAAUCCCUUGCUGGAGAAGUGGUCAAGUCAAAACAGAUCUGUUACCAGUCAAUACAGGAGCCUGUCCAAGUGUCGUUACAACUCUUCUCAAUAUACAUCCAUCAGCCAGAUGUGAUGGAUUCCAUCCUUACGUUUUUCCUUGCCCUUUUCCAAAGCCAGAGAGUCCAGAUGGGGAUCCCCUUCACCGAACAAGUCAUCCGCACAUUUAUGGAUAUGUUCACUAGGGAACAGUUAGCUGAGAUCAUCCUGUCCGAAAGCAGAUCAGGCAUUCGUGUGAUAGAAAAAUUCCUGAAGGUUCUUGAGUUGAUAGUUCAAGAGCCUGGGUCCGCAUUCAAAGCAUUCCUGCCAACCAUCAUAUCGUUGAUUAUGGAACAUAUAUAUCCUAUUAUUGCUGAGCGCUCCUCUCCUGAUAUCAAGUCGAGUGUUUAUGAGACCCUACACCAGCUCUUACUGCACAACUGGCGAUACUUCUUCAAGGGGAACAUACUCACCACCAUGCAAAAGACACAAGCAGAAGAGGUUGAAAACCAACCGCAGUUUGUCACAAUUAUGCAGGCUUUUGGUCAGUCUUUCCUUCAACCUGAUAUAGCCAUAUUCAAACAAAACCUGGAAGCUCUAGAAAGCCUCAACACUAAAUGGAAAUUGUUCCAUCGGAAAAUCUUCAUUGAGCUAAUGCUUGAUCAAUUCCUAAACGUCCUCUUGCAAGUCCUCGUACACAAGUCACAUGACCUUCUGCAGGAAGAGAUUGGCAUCACGGUGUAUAACAUGGCGUCUGUUGACUUUGAACGUUUUUACUCCACAUUUCUGCCUCAAUUCCUGACUAACUGUGAAGGCCUUGACAACAAUCAAAAAGCCAUCCUGGCUCAAAAUUUUAAGAUGGAUAAGGAUUUGCCGUCGUUUACCCAGAGUGUCCAUAGAAUUGUGAAUGACCUCCGGUACUACAGAUUAUGCAAUAGUAGCUUACCAGCUGGAUCAGUUCGAUUUUAAUGGCGGAUUUCGAUAGGAUUCUUCAUAAAUUAUUUUGACACUUCAUCAUCAAAUCAUUCAUGAUCAACCCAUUGUGACUUUGAGGAUGUUCUCAAAUUCUAAUCAAAAUGUUUGUCAUCCGCGUGGAGAAUUGCUUGUGUCUGCAGCGAGCUGUGUUUGCGUGUCUUGCUUGUUUUUGGUGCCUGAAUAUUCUUGUGGAUCUAGCCUUAUUUAUUGAUAUGCAUACGGUAUUGUAAUGUAUGAAAUACAAUUGUUGUGUUCUGUACUUAGUUUGCCACAUUAAAACUUGAAAAUGCCUGGAGUUCCAAUAUACUGGGUGUGAUGAAAAAAACGAGAAAUAUAUCAGAAAUUCACCAAAUUAUGGUUGCAAUUGUACUUGGUUUAUCAUUGGGCACUGUAAUUUCACUUGCAUUUUGUUGAAGUUGAACAUAUGUGACUCGCUCUACCAAAA